AUGAGGAGUACAUUAGAAGAGGUGAUUGUGGAAACGCGCAGUACGCCUCUCGAAAAUCGAACGCGACUUCCCCGCAUAGCCCUAAGCAAGCGGAAUCGGGCUGUCGUGAGGGCUCUGAAUCCAAUGCUGGUGACCUAUUUGGAAGCCAGCCGGGACCUUUCCGAGACGAACUCAAUUCUUUUUGGCGCCGCGCUGGUAGUCUGCCGUAUCAUAGGCGCCAAGGUUUCCACGGCUGGACGCGCUACUGGCCAAAGUAGCGCUAUCCCAGCAUGGAGAAGAAGAAUUGAGGAACGUAUCACAAAGGCUAGAGCUCUCAUCGGCAGACUGAUAUGCUUCAGAUCAGGCAAUAACAGGCCAAGAAUUAUGCGCACCAUCAGGAUGGCGUUUGCUUAG